UUUUAAGAAUUUCUAAGCAAAUUUAAAUUCGAUCAAACGUCAGGCCAUUGCUAUAGCAACCCCGUUUAUUUACUUCUUUAUCAAUUUUAUUUUGACAGCAUUUUAAAUAAUUUCAUAUGAGCAAGUGUUCAAACGACAGGAAUGGAGAUUUUGAGGAAAAAUCACAGAAAAAUAAGAAAAUUAACUCUUCUGCUCUCUCUGGGAACAAAUCUGAAGAUUUUCAAAGUGAGGAUCGGCAAAUUAAAAAUGACGAAACAGUAAGAAAUGAUGGGAAAGAAAAAAUUAUUAAAAAAGGAAGUAUCAACUCGCUUACGAAGUCGAAAAUUUCUGCUGAUUCUGUCUAUAAUGUGGAUGAUUUGAGUACCGAAGAUUUACAUGAUUCUUUGCAUCGAAUCAGUAAAAAUCCUCAAGAGCCUUUCAAAUUUUUGAGUCAUAUUUUGGACAAUGUUGAUACUCAAAAUCAUUCUCCUUUGUGUCGAUCAAAACCUACAGAUAUUGAUCGACAACUCGCUUCGCUAGUGAGAAGAGUUGAAAUGAAUAAAUCUCUUCUUGAAAGGACUAAUCAGCGAGUCAAGGAUAUCAAUUUUAUUGUUGAGAAGAAUAAGAUUUUAGCUUCAAAGGAAUUAGAUUACGAUAAGGAUUCUUUAUCAAAAAUGGGAGAUUGUGAUGAUAAAACAGAACCAAAUUUUGAACACCCUGGAAUUGAUGCAGUUCAACGCACGAUGAAAGAUACAUUGCAGAUGCUAGAAUGCAUAAAAAAAGUUGCGUCUGGCGAUGCAGUUGACGAAUUAUCCUCGGAUUUUUUUUCUGAAAUAGAACUUCGAUCUAUUUCCAGCAAUUUGGCAAAAACAGACUCAAAGCGGGACACAAAAAGUGGACCAUAAGAGGUACUUCAAGUAUUGUAUCUAAAAACUCGAUUUUUAUUUGAAAUUAGAAAUUGAAGAAUCUGAACCAUAGAAAAUGAAAAUAACAAGGAUUAUAGUCAUUCUCCUAUUCCCCUGUGUUUCCCUUCUUUAAUUCCCUUUUCCCCCUAUUAUCGAAAAAAAUUCCUCUAUUCC